GAGCGUUGUAGACCUACAUAAGUCACAUGUACUACCUAUACAGCAGUGUGGAUGAAAUGAAAUGAAAUGGUGCACUGCAGCCCCCAAAGUCGCACACCCUCUCCAAAAGUGCCUCUAUAAAAAGUCUCCCUCCGUCCUCCUCCUUACUCCUUAUUAGGUGUCCAAAAGUUGAAUCAUAAUAAAUUAUACACUAAUUAAUCCCAAAAAUCAACCCCCUCCAACAUCCUGUAAUCAUCAACCUCCCACAACAACUCCCCUCUCUCAUUUCGCCAUUUCCUUCUUCUCCGUUGCUACCAUGCGCUUAGACCAUAUUGACGGAGCCAUAAAACUCCCAAAAGAAAUCUGUUAUAGAUUACCAUAACCUUUACUACUACUCCUAUUUAGACUAAGGUCCUUCGUGACACAUUUCCCAUUACUACUACUUGCAUCUCAUUUUUUGUGCCACCAUCACUUACUGUUGCCGUUUUUCUCCAAAACCCAACGAAAUCUCUGCAACAAAAUCAUCAUAACUUCUGUAUUUUCCGACCAUCUUCUUUUCAAUUUUUUUGUCCACCCCAGAUGGGGGAUUUUUCUUCCGGGAGGCCGCACAUAAUCUGCGCCCUGCUGCUAACCUGCGCCGCCCUUCUCCCUCCAUCAACACCAGAUCCGGACGACGAGAGAUGUUUAACCCACCUCAGCGAAUCUUUACAAGACCCGUUAAAGAAACUCCAGAACUGGACUAAAACCACCUUCGCCAGCCCUUGUGACGGCUUCAAUUCAUUCCUCACCGGCGCCAUUUGCAACAACGGCCGUAUUUACAAACUUGCCCUCCCAAACCUCUCCUUGAAAGGCACCAUUUCUCCCAAUAUCUCCAGCUGUACCAAUCUUCAGGGAUUAGACCUCUCCUCAAACUCCAUCUCCGGCACCAUCCCGCCGGACCUCCAAUACCUCGUCAACCUCGCCGUCCUCAACCUCUCCUCCAACCGCCUCACCGGCCCAAUCCCACAACAGCUUUCCCUCUGUGCUUACCUUAAUGUCAUCGAUCUCCACGACAAUCAACUCUCUGGGCUUAUUCCUCAACAGCUGGGAUCGUUAUCCAGACUAUCGGUGUUUGACGUUUCGAAUAACAAACUCUCGGGUCCCAUACCUUCGACCUUGGGGAAUCGGAGCGGGAACUUGCCGAGGCUAAAUGCGAGUUCCUUCGAGGGGAAUAAGGAUCUGUAUGGGUACCCAUUGCCGCCUAUGAAGAGUAAAGGGCUAUCGGUUCUGUCCAUUGUUGGAAUCGGGUUGGGAAGCGGGUUGUUGAGCUUGGUUCUGAGCUUCACCGCUGUUUGUGUGUGGUUGAAAAUUUCGGAGCACAAAAUGACUGCAGAAGAAGGGAAAGAGCGUCAACUGAUGCCAGAUUAUUGAGCUCAAUUUAGCUGAUUGAAUUCUUUGUUAAAUGGGAAAUUUCCACUAAACGCCUUAGAUAUGAUUGAAAUUUUUCACAGGUAUGUAUGUAUAUGAAGAGUGUUAGUAGUUCUUUUUUUUUUUUUUUUGGCUUCCAUUAGGCUUUGAUUGUAAAAUUGAGCUGAAAUUUUGGCUUAUUUUGGGGAUCUCCUUUUCAUCAAACCUAAAAUUAGCUCUGUUCUUCUCGUUUGCUUUCAGAUACAGUAUUUUUGUAUUUCUUAUUAUCUGGUAUUAUUAACAUCACAUUGUAUAGUUUUGUUGUUGUUUUUUUUUUU